AUGGCUGGUGAUCCUUUGAAGCGUAAUCAGAACCUGUAUUGCGCAUACCAUCAGGAGCCAAGUUACACCACUGAUGAUUGCAGGAACCUGAAGAACCAUUUAGAUCGGCUCGUCCGAGAAGGGAAGCUGAGACAUCUGCUGCAUCGCCCUGAAGGAUGGCAGGAACCAUCGAACAAUGAAACCAGGCAAAGUACGUUGAGGCCACCCAUUGGCACAAUUAAUGUCAUUCUCGCCGCACCUGGAAGGACAGGCUCUGCCCCCUUCAAGGAGAAGUCAGCACUGAUUUCUUUCCUCCCACAGAAUGUAGAUGUGUUUGCUUGGGACCCCUAUGAGGCUCCCGGGGUUGACCCAGAUUUCAUCUGCCACCACCUUAAUGUGAAUUCGGCUAUAACCCCUAAGAGGCAGGCUCCUCGACGACCGUCGAAAGAACAUACCGACGCCGUGAGAGAAGAGGUCGCAAGAUUGAAGAAAGCAGGGGCUAUCAAAGAGGUCUUCUAUCCCGAAUGGUUAGCCAACACGGUAGUGUGGAAAGGAUUUGAGUGGAAUGAGGAGUGUGCUAUAGCUUUCCAACAGCUAAAGGAAUACCUCGCCCAACCACCGAUUAUGUCUAGUCCCGAUGCCGACGAGGUUUUGUUUGCCUACAUUGCAGUAGCCCCACAUGUAGUAAGCUUGGUGCUAAUCCGAGAAGACAACGGCACACAACAACCAGUCUAUUACGUUAGCAAAUCACUGCAGGAGGCAGAAACCCGUUACCUUCCCCUCGAAAAGGCUAUCUUGGCCAUCGUACAGGCCACACGAAAGCUUCCCCACUACUUUCAAGCACACACUGUAGUAGUGUUAACUCAACUCCCCUUAAAGUCCAUCCUGCGCAACGCCGAUUACACAAGCAGAAUUGCAAAAUGGGGAACGAUUCUGGGCGCCUUUGACAUUAGAUACAUGCCUCGCACCACUGUAAAAGGCCAGGUUCUCGCCGACCUAGUGGCAGAAUUUGCGGAGCCCACACUAGAAGGAAAAGAAGUAUCGAUAUUACUAGGGGCUGAUGAGAGAGUGAUCAGCACAGUUUCUCCGCAUGGACCCACUUGGUGGAAAGCAUACAUUGAUGGCGCAGCGAAUCAAAGGGGCUCAGGGUUAGGACUUGUCCUGCUCUCACCUGAAGGGAUAACCAUAGAGAAGUCAUUGAGACUCGGAUUUUCAGCCACGAAUAACGAAGCCGAAUAUGAGGCGCUAUUGGAGGGAAUACGGAUGAUCCGGAAAAUGGGGGGGAAAGCCGUGGACAUGUUCUCGGAUUCAAAACUCAUUGUGGGACAGGUAAAUGGAGACAUAGAGGCAAAGGACGAAAGAAUGAAAGAUUAUCUGGUUCGGGUUAAGUACCUACAAACCCAUUUUCAUCACUUCCGCUUGACGCACGUACCUAGAAGUGGGAACACUCAUGCUGAUUCUCUCGCAACGUUGGCUACCUCCUUGGCUCAGCCCCUUCCUCGAGUCAUUUUGGUAGAAAAGCUCAUCCAUCCUUUAACAGAGAAAGCCAAUGGGAUUGGAGUACAUAACAUCAGGACUGGACCGAGCUGGAUUGACCCUAUAGUGCUGUACUUAAAGCACGACACCUUGCCAGAUGAUAAGGUUGAGGCUGACAAAAUCAGGAGGAAAGCUACUCGAUUCUGGUUGUCGGAGGACUCUAAGCUUUACAGACGCUCGUUCUCGGGGCCGUAUUUGCUGUGUGUGCACCCAGAGGCUACUGAACUCAUCCUGGAAGAGUUACAUGAAGGAAUUUGCGGAAGCCACACGGGGGGUAGGUCUCUGUCUCACAGGGCCUUAACGCUGGGUUAUUGGUGGCUGAGCAUGCAUAAAGAAGCCCUGGAGUAUGUGAAGAAGUGCAACCAGUGCCAGAGAUUCGCCCCGAACAUACACCAGCCUGGUGGAGAGCUGAACCCAUUGUCCAGUCCCUGGCCGUUUGCGCAAUGGGGCCUAGAUAUACUUGGUCCAUUCCCCAAGGCAACAGGGAACAUAAAAUUUCUUCUCGUCGGCACCGACUACUUCACCAAAUGGAUGGAAGCUGAGGCGCUGGCAAACAUUAGGGACGUCGAUGUCAAGAAGUUUCUUUGGAAAAGUAUUGUCACCAGGUUCGACACCCCACACACCCUGGUGUCGGACAACGGGGUACAGUUUGACAGCAAAACCUUCAGAAGAUACUGCAGUGAGCUGGGAAUUGUUAACCGGUACUCCACACCAGCUUACCCACAAGGUAAUGGACAAGCAGAAGCGGUCAAUAAAACCAUAGUGAAUGGAUUGAAAAAGAGACUAGAUAACGCGAAAGGAAGAUGGGUUGAGGAGCUAGCCAUGUCUUGUGGACAUACCGCACCACGCCUCGAAGGUCCACAGGGGAAACCCCUUUUUCAAUGA